AUGAUCCUGUACAAGACAGACGAUGCCCUGAUGUGCAAAGUGUUCAUGAUGACCCUGCGAGAAGCAGCUCAAGACUGGUUCCACACUCUACCGUCCGCGUCGAUAGGAAACUUCAAGGAGUUGGCCUUCAUCUUCACAAAGGAGUACACCUCCUACAAGACGGUCAGAAAGCAUGCAGACCAUCUGUUCAACCUGCGCAAUAAGCCAGACGAGUCUCUACGAGACUACCUGAAACGGUUUAAGGCUGAAAAGGCUAACAUCAUAGGAUGCAAUGACCAAGUUGCAUCCUCAGCUUUCAAGAAGGGAUUGCCAACCGAGCACGAGCUAUACCGGGAACUGGCCAUAACACCAAGUCAAACCUUGGCAGAAGUGUUCGCGACGGCAGAACGCUACGCACUUUGGGACGAUGAUCGAAUCACCGCAAAGAAAGCUAGCAAGCAAGUUGAUCACCCGACGAAGCAGAUCCUGACUCAAGUGAAGGACAAGCCGUGGGUGAGGAGACCGUCACCCAUGAAAGGAGACCCCUCUAAGAGGGACACCAAUAAAUACUGCGCAUUCCACGGGGAGCACGGUCAUUACACCAACAAUUGCAAUGCCUGGAAAAGGCAUCUGGAGGAGUUGGUCAGAGAAGGUCAUUGCACAGAAUUCGUCGCAAAGAAGGCCAUUCAACAGAUCGAGGAUCGUGAUGCGGCUGCCAAGGAACCUCCCCAAAAGGUCAUUCGAAUCAACACCAUUCUAGCUGACUCUCAGGAGUCCAGACUGACCACCAAGGAGCACAAGAGGAAGAUCGCGCAGGCGACUUAUGUCUCCCAAAUCACAACAGGAGUACCAGUUAUCGUAGAUACACCCAUCAUUGGUUUCCAGAAGAAAGACUUGAUCGGGCUUGACCUGCUGCAUAAUGAAUCCCUAGUCAUCUGCAUUCAGAUUGAACAAGCUGUGAUCGAGCGAGUUCAUGUGGAUGAGGGAAGCGCAGCCAACAUCCUGCAACUAUCUGUCAUCCAGCAGAUGGGAUUGGAGCCCAAGAUAAGCAAACUUGCAAGGUCGCUGACUGGCUUCAAUGGGGCUACAUCAAUCACUGUUGGACAGAUCGACCUUGACGUCCACUCGCCCCCAGUAGUCUGCUCACAAACCUUCAUGGUCAUCGACGAGAUCUCCCCGUACAACGGAAUCCUGGGCCGACCGUGGAUCAGCAAGAUCGAGGCUAUCACAUCUCCUCUACACCAGAAGAUUCGCUACCCCAUCCCUGGAGGCGGAAUCGGGCAGAUCGAUAGUGACCAAGCCAUGGCAAGAAGAUGCACAGCUCACGGACUCAAGAAGAGCAAGCAGAUGCAGUUCACACCAGCAAUGCAAGCUGCCAACGAGGCACGAAGCGCUCCCAACAGACAAGCAAGCUCGAGCCAGAAGUUACCUCACAAUAGCAAUUAA